CGGCCCUGCUGUCAGUGAAGCCGGCGGCGACGGCUGCGGUGCUGGGACCACGAGCCGGGAGGGACUGAGCUCUGAAAUUUCCUGAUCUUAUUCUCAUCAUACCCUGGAAAUUCAUCUGUAUGUUUCUCCCCAGUCCCUGGAUCUUCACCAUCACUUUCCUUUGACCGUUAUCUCCUUCACAACAAAUUCAACUCCCAGGAUGUCUCUGAUACCAGAGUACAGAACUAGAGAGAUAUGACUAAUUGACCUUACACCUGCAGUCAAGAGACUGCCUCGAUUUUGUUCUUUUGACCUACUGAAUCCAAUCAACUGCUUAUCCUGAAGCACUUUAAUUUCACAAAUCUAAACUGUGGAAAAUGGCCGACAUUCUGAAUGGUGAACCAUAUCCCUCUACCCCGCUGGAGCUGUUCAAAAGCAUAGCGGCACAAGGAGAAAUUGUCCGAUCAUUAAAAGCAGAAAAGGCACCAAAGAAUGAAAUUGAUUCUGCUGUAAAACAACUAUUGUCACUAAAAAUAAACUACAAAGAAGUGACAGGACAGGAUUAUAAUGCCAAUUCUCCUCCCACAAACUCCAGACCUGACAGGAGCGGGGAGCCAGGGACCACUGAAGGCGAAGAUGAUUUUGUAGAUCCUUGGACUGUGCAGACCAGCAGUGCCAAAGGCGUUGACUACGACAAGCUCAUAGUUCGGUUUGGAAGCAGCAAGAUUGACAAAGCACUGAUAGAUCGAAUUGAGAGGGUUAUAGGACAAAAACCACAUCAUUUCCUGCGUAGAGGCAUCUUUUUCUCUCACAGGGACAUGAACAACAUUCUUGACGCAUAUGAAAAUAAGAAGCCAUUCUAUCUUUAUACAGGCAGAGGGCCCUCUUCUGAAGCAAUGCAUGUAGGUCAUCUCAUCCCAUUUAUUUUCACAAAGUGGCUUCAAGAUGUUUUCAAUGUCCCUCUGGUUAUCCAGAUGACUGAUGAUGAAAAAUACCUCUGGAAAGAACUAACACUUGAGCAAGCAUACGGCUAUACUAUAGAAAAUGCAAAGGAUAUCAUAGCCUGUGGUUUUGAUAUCAAUAAAACUUUCAUCUUUUCUGACCUGGAAUACAUGGGGUCAAGUCCAGGUUUCUACAAGAAUGUGGUCAAAAUCCAAAAGCAUGUCACAUUUAAUCAAGUAAAGGGCAUCUUUGGCUUCAAUGACAGUGAUUGCAUUGGAAAGAUUAGUUUUCCUGCUAUCCAAGCUGCCCCAUCCUUCAGCAACUCAUUUCCACAGAUUUUCAAAGACAGGACAGAUAUUCAGUGUCUUAUUCCAUGUGCCAUAGACCAGGAUCCUUAUUUUAGAAUGACAAGAGAUGUGGCCCCGAGGAUUGGCUAUCCCAAACCAGCCUUGCUUCAUUCAACUUUCUUCCCAGCUCUGCAGGGAGCCCAGACUAAAAUGAGUGCCAGUGACCCCAACUCUUCCAUCUUCCUUACUGACACAGCCAAGCAGAUCAAGAACAAGGUCAACAAACACGCGUUUUCUGGAGGCAAAGACACCAUAGAGGAACACAGAGAGCUCGGAGGCAACUGCGACAUUGACGUGUCUUUCAUGUACCUCACCUUCUUUCUAGAGGACGAUGACAAACUCGAGCAGAUAAGACAGGAUUACACCAGUGGAGCGAUGCUCACUGGAGAGCUAAAGAAGAUUCUCAUUGAAGUGCUGCAGCCCCUGAUUGCCAAUCACCAGGCCCGGCGCAAGGAGAUUACAGAGGAAAUCGUGAAGCAGUUUAUGACUCCAAGGAAGUUGUCCUAUGACUUCCAGUAACAUAGAUCAUAUAGACAUCUGGGUUUAUAUACACAUAAAUAUCCACCUGAUUGGAUUGCAUUCGCCCAUAGUCAUCUCUCAACUGUUAAUUAUCAUAUAUUCAGCUGAGAAUUAGAAGGAACCUCUCACAAAUUCUGUCUACAGCAUCCCUGCAAGUGGUAAUCUUACUUUGUUGUCUGUAAGCCAUAUGUUACCAUAUUUCUUCCUGUGAAUUAGCGUGUACCAGCUUAAUGUAGACAAAAACAAUGUGGAAAAGUCCGUACUGUGUAAUGGCGUGUAGGCAAAAUAAAGAAUUCCAGAAGUUCAUUUCUACUACAAAAA